AUGAUUUUUAGACCUAGUGUGAGAGCUUGGACUGCUUUUCAAAGAACAUCAUGUUAUAGAUUUAAUUCCACCAAAAGUGCAAAAUCGCCGACCGGUAUUUUAUUUAUGAAUAUGGGAGGUCCUUCUAAAGUUGAAGAAACCUAUGAUUUUUUACUUAGAUUAUUUUCCGAUGGCGACUUGAUUCCAUUUGGUCGCUUCCAAAACUUAUUGGCAAAAUUCAUUGCUACUAGACGUACGCCAAAGAUUGAACAACACUAUAAAGAAAUUGGUGGAGGAUCACCAAUUAGAAAAUGGUCAGAAUACCAAUGUAAGAAGGUUUGUGAAAUAUUGGAUGAUAUAAGUCCAGAAACUGCUCCUCAUAAACCAUAUGUUGCCUUUAGAUAUGCCAAUCCAUUGACCGAAGAUACUUUAAAUGAAAUGAAAAAAGAUGGUGUUACCAAAGCUGUUGCAUUUUCACAAUACCCACAAUUUUCAUAUUCAACAGGUGGUUCAUCAAUGAAUGAAUUAUAUCGUCAAACAUUAGUUCAUGAUCCUGAAAGAACAAUUGAAUGGUCAUUUAUUGAUAGAUGGCCACAAAUGCCAGGUUUAGUUAAAGCAUUUUCUAACAAUAUUAAAGAAAAACUAGCCGAAUUCCCACCUGAAGAUAGAGAUAAUAUUAUCUUGUUAUUCUCAGCACAUUCAUUACCAAUGGAUACUGUUAAUUUAGGAGACUCAUACCCUGCAGAAGUUGCAGCCACCGUUUAUAAAAUUAUGGAAGAAUUGGAAUUUUCAAACCCUUAUCGUUUGGUUUGGCAAUCACAAGUUGGACCAAAACCAUGGUUAGGGGGUAAAACUGCUCAAAUUAUCGAUAAGCUUGAAAAACGUGAUGAUGUGAAAGGUAUAAUUUUGGUUCCUGUCGCAUUCACAUCUGAUCAUAUUGAAACUUUGCAUGAAUUGGAUAUUGAAAUUAUGGAAGAUGCCGAAAAUCCACAUAAAAUUAAACGUGCUGAAUCAUUGAACGAUAACGAAGUUUUCAUCGAAGGUUUAGCUGAAUUGGUUAAAGAUCAUUUGAAAAGUGGAAAGAUAUAUUCCAAACAAUUAGAAUUGGACUGUAUAUUAGGUGGCGAAAAGGCUACUGGAACCUUUAAACAUCCAAGUGAACUCUUUGGCAAACAAAAAUAA